CCUCACAAUUUGGAAUGACUGGUUUUGAUGGCUAGUUGCGUCAGAUAAUAUCACGAGAGCACAGUUCCUCACAAGGGCCCCCUUUUGCCCUUCCCGCGUAUGCAGGUAAAAAAACCAAAAAACAGACUUAUGUACUGUCCUUACGUCAGGUCGUAACGCCCAAUAUAGGUAAGGGGUCCAUAUGACUCGAGCGACGAUCCGUCUCAAAAAACAUGGCAUUCACUAGCCCUCAGCAGCAGCAGGAACAACGCCUUGCUACGGGCCUUUUUCAUCCUCCGCCAACGCAGGAGAGGGAUAAACAAUCAAGCAACGACUGCAGUAGUUCGUCUGACCGGAAGCUAAGCAGCGCCCCCCCGGAAGACCUCCGAAGGAAGAGAUGCAUGUCGGCACAGUCGCACCGAAUAGAAGCGUCUAGGCGGCUGAAGCGCGCCUUUCCCCCUUGGUGGGUUCUUUUUUUUUUUGUCUUUUUUUGUUACGUAUCUUCCUCAGAUGGUGCUUUGGGCGGCAUGCGGCGCUGGCGGUUGGUGGGUUUAUUUGACUCAAGCCUUUAUGCGCAUGAUAUGGGCAUAGCGGUGAAGGCAAGACCUGCAGAGUGCUGAGCAGAGCGCAGUUUCACAUUUAUUUAUUUAUUUU